AAAGGAGGUCGUCAAAGAAUAAAGAACCUCAACAGAUUAUUAUAAUCAUAUUAUAUUAUAUAACCAUAUCGAGAAUUUUUUUGCAGGUGUAGUUUUGUUCUUUGGUGGAUCAUCCGUCACCAUGGCGUUGCUCAUUAACUUAUCAACUAACUGGUGUAAUCUUUUAAAUAAAUGGGAACAGGUUGAGGGAUACUUCGGGCACCAAAAGAAUUUGAAGUUGAAAUUCACUUUCAUAUCCAUUGUGUGUAUUAUUUUUUCGAUGGUGGAACAUCUCAGCUACUUGUUGACAGGUAUCAUAAUGACGGAGCGGGAAAAUUCUCACGAAGUGUUUGAAAUUUACAUAGUAAAAAUGUUCCCACAAGUAUUUGCUGUAAUUACAUACAACACGUGGAUAGCAGUGCUGGUUUUGAUUGUCAAUUCCGUGUCGACUCUCACCCUCUGUUUCUCGGACCAGAUAAUUAUUAUGGGAAGUUUAGCACUAGGAAAUUACUUUGAGAUAUUCAACGAGCGCAUGAAAACACACAAAGGCAAGAAAUUGACACCGGAUCAAUGGAAGACAUUGCGAGUGGACUACACGCGGCUGUGCAAUUUGGCUAGAUUGUUGAACGACUGUUUGUGUCAUUUGUUGUGCGUGUCUUUGCUAAUUCACGUGUACAUCAUAUGCGUAGAAAUGCACCAGGGCGUCGUGUAA